AUCCAACUGAAAAAAUCCCUCGAAAAAUGUCGACCACCGAAGAAAUUUUAGCCAACACCGCCGUUAAUGAAGACGACGACGAUCCUCCAUUGCUGAGCUCGCGAGCUCUGGAAGCCCUAAGAGAGUUCUUAAGCGAGCAGAGCUCAGCGAGAGACGAAGAGAAGGAAGAGGAAGUGAAGUUGGUGUCUGAGGAUUGGAGAUUGAGCCAGUUCUGGUACGAUCGAGAGACGGCGGAGACGAUUUGUGAAGAGAUUAGGGUUCUGUGGGAGUCGACGGGUUCUUCGGUUGCUUGUGUUGCUUGCCCUACUCUCUACGCUUAUCUCAAGAGAAAUGCUCCUAACAUCUCGGUGCAAUUACUUGAGUAUGAUAAACGCUUUGAACAAUAUGGGAGUAAUUUUACAUUCUAUGACUACAAUCAGCCUGAAGAUUUGCCACUUGCAUUAAAGCAUGCCUUCCAGAUUGUUGUCGUGGACCCUCCUUACCUGAGCAAGGAGUGCUUGGAAAAAGUAGCGCAGACAAUUUCUUUCCUGGCACAACCGCAAAAAUCUUAUUUGCUGUUACUCACAGGGGAGGUCCAGAGGGAGAGAGCUGCAGAGCUCUUAGACCUCCAUCCUUGUGGCUUCAGGCCUCAGCACUCCAACAAGCUUGGAAAUGAAUUCAGACUCUUCACAAAUUAUGAUCCAGCCGAGAGAUUAGGUGGUUGGGAAUAAUUCACAUAGUCAAUUAUCGGCAUGCUACUUUGUUAAGAGAUUGAAAUUUGCUUCUGAGUGCCUUGAGUCAGAGUGGAUCAGAUGAUAGCCUGAUGUAAACUAGGGUCUCUGUUUGUAACUGGUCUUGUUGAUCCAACAGCCGAGAAGACGUAACAAAGUUUUCCAGCAGUUUUUCGUGCGUGUCUUGGGGGUUUCUGAUUUUCCCUCCUCUUGUGCAAACAUUUUAGAGCCCUCUUUGUUAUUGCAGAAAUUAUAAUCAAAUUGAAUUUUAAUGUGGUUCAAAAAUGUUCUUUUUGUUUUUUUGAAUACGAAAACUCUCUGACUCUGUGAUGUUUGUAUUCUCAUA